GCGGCCGGCCAAUGGGCGCUUGGGGAGGCGCGGGGCCGCGGCGGCGGGCAGGGGGCUCGGCGCGCCCGGGCGUCAGUCCGGCCGCGGCGACGGCGGCAGGAGCUUGUCCCGGCGCCGGCUGGGGCUGCGCUCGGCGCGCGAACUGUGAGGAGGAGGCGAGCGAGGCUGGCGCGGGGUCGGCGGCCGGACGCAUGGCUUAGGACGCCCCGCCGCCGCGCCCCAGCAUGGGGAAACUUCACUCGAAGCCGGCCGCCGUGUGCAAGCGCAGGGAAAGCCCGGAAGGUGACAGCUUUGCUGUGAGCGCUGCUUGGGCAAGGAAAGGCAUCGAGGAGUGGAUCGGGAGGCAGCGCUGUCCAGGCAGCGUCUCAGGACCCCGACAGCUGAGAUUGGCAGGCACUGUUGGUCGAGGCACUCGGGAGCUCGUGGGUGACACUUCCAGAGAGGCACUUGGUGAGGACGACGAGGACGACUUCCAGCUAGAAGUGGCCCUGCCGCCCGAGAAAACUGACAGCCUGGGCAGUGGAGAUGAGAAGAGAAUGGAGAAAGUGAAUGACCCCGGUCCCGGCUCCAAGAAGCAGCUGAAGUUUGAAGAGCUUCAGUGUGAUGUUUCUGUGGAGGAGGACAGCCGACAGGAAUGGACUUUCACUCUGUAUGACUUCGACAACAAUGGCAAAGUCACCCGUGAGGACAUCACCAGCUUGCUGCACACCAUCUAUGAGGUAGUUGACUCCUCUGUGAACCAUUCCCCCACAUCAAGCAAGACUCUGCGGGUGAAGCUCACUGUGGCCCCCGAUGGGAGCCAGAGCAAGAGGAGUGUCCUUUUCAACCAUACUGACCUGCAGAGCACGAGGCCCCGAGCAGACACCAAGCCUGCUGAGGAACUUCGUGGCUGGGAGAAGAAGCAGCGAGCCCCUCUCAGAUUCCAGGGUGACAGCCACCUGGAGCAGCCGGGCUGCUACCACCAUUGCGUGGAUGAGAACAUUGAGAGGAGAAACCACUACCUAGACCUGGCGGGGAUAGAGAACUACGCGUCUCAGUUUGGGCCUGGCUCCCCUUCGAUGGCCCAGAAGUCAGAGCUGCCCCCUCGAAUCUCCAACCCCACUCGUUCUCGCUCCCAUGAGCCAGAAGCUGCCCACAUCCCACACCGGAGGCCCCAAGGUGUGGACCCCGGCACCUUCCACCUCCUUGAUACCCCAUUUGCCAAGGCAUCAGAGCUCCAGCAACGGCUCCGGGGUACUCAGGAUGGGAGCAAGCACUUUGUGAGGUCCCCCAAGGCCCAGGGCAAGAACAUGGGAAUGGGCCACGGGGCCAGAGGUGCAAGAAGCAAGCCCCCACUGGUGCCCACCACCCACACUGUGUCCCCCUCUGCCCACUUGGCCACCAGCCCAGCCCUCCUUCCCACCCUGGCACCCCUGGGGCACAAGAAGCACAAGCAUCGACCCAAGGAGAACCAGGCCAGCUGCCGGGGCCUGCAGGCCCCACUGGCUGCAGGAGGCGCCACGGUCAUGGGUCGGGAGCAGGUGAGGGAGCUACCUGCUGUGGUGGUGUAUGAGAGCCAGGCUGGGCAGGCCGUCCAGAGACAUGAGCACCACCACCAUCACGAACAUCACCACCACUACCACCACUUCUACCAGCCCUAAGCCCCAGCAGGCCGCCACAUGAAGGACCCACCCCCACGCCUCGAGGCAUUAUUAUUCUAUUAAUUAUUGUUAUUAUGACAAUUAUUGUUAUUAAUAAUUAUUGUUACUCCACUAAUAUUUAGCUAGCCUUCAUGUAGAAGAUAUAUGGAAACACAGAACUAAACUUUUAUUUAUAUGUUGUGGGGAUUAUAUAGCUCACCCAAGAAGUGACUCUGGGUUUGGAAGGGUCCUUGGGCUACCCCCGCUGCAGGGUCCACGCAGAUCUUCCCAAACCACAGGAGCCCUCGGCCCAGCUGCCCCACUUCUGCUCUUCCGGGAGCGCACCCUUGCCUGGCCAAGCUUCAGAGACCCUCAAGAGCUCCGGAGGACAACAGCUGCUACCUCUCAGUGUUAUUCCGGUCUGACUUCACCCUUAACCGACCGUCAUGUGCUCCAGGGGCUUUUGGUGGACUGCAUCGCAGUGUUCCCGCUGCCCUAGAGUCUCCACACCUCAGCCCAGACCCUUAGCUGUGCUUUCUGGAGUUUCUGCCUCACCUUGGCCCACGCCGGCCCCAUCCUUUUUUUUUCUGCCAUGCACAAUGUGGAAGCGCCCCUCUCCUCCUGUGCGCCCCCCUUUGCUUUUGAAGGAUGCACCUGUAUUUAAGGAUUGUCCUUGGAGCCAGCCUUCUCCUUUUGGAAACUGCUACAGAGAGAAGCAGCCACAUAAAGAAGCGUGGUUUCCCAAGACGGCACCAUUGUAUGACAGAGGGUUUGAAACCUGAGUUUGCCAUCAGCAGAUACACUUUGUGGUUCUCUGGCAACUUUUGUAUCUAUAGGUAGAUGCUGCCUGUCCGUGUCUCUGUAUCUUUCUAUAAAUACACUCUCAGGUAUCUUUGCUGGUGUGCAGAAAUCACUGCGCUGCUCUGUGGAAGCUCCUGCAACCCAGAUGUGCCCCGUGUGCUUCGUGUAAGGGUCGUCCAUCCAUCAGACGUAGGCAGCCACCUCCCUCUCGUAAGAGGUCAUUUCUUUGGGUUUGAAGUCUGCAGUUUUGGAGAAACCUGCUUGUGUGUAGAAACUUAGAGUAGAAUAGGGAUAUCAGAUGAGACCGUGGGACAGCGUCCUUCACAGAGCAGGAUUUUAUCAGACAAGAGCUAGAGAAACCAGGAAAGGACCACUGUCAACACUGGAGCAAAGGCUGAGGGGCAGUGGAACCCAGAAUGGCACUAAGCUACCGGUGAGGGUUAAAAGGCACCUGGAAGCUGUGACCUUCGUUCAGGGAAUGUAAGGGGCUGGGUGGAACCCCCGGGGGUGGAAGUCCUGACUCUCUCCCCUGCCUCUUCCACAUCCUUCUGUAGUGGCAUCUGGUGAUGGUCUUGGGGGCAGGGAGGAGUCUGGGUAUGGGCCCCGAGAGAGUCUGACCCCAGAAGGAAAUUAUUUCAGCUGUCUGCCCUGACCCUUCAUCUCCCGAGUUUAGCAUGGUUGAUAAGCAUGGACUUCUGGGGGUAGUCAGCAUUAGUUGUUUUUAUGGUGUUCAUUUUCCUGAUUGCUGGUCUGCUUGGGACUAGUUGAUGCAAUCCUCAAGACAUCACUCUGAGGAAACAGGAAAUAGAAGUCCAGGGCCUGCAUCUGAGGCUCAGAGAGGUCGAGAACCUGCGGGAGCCACUUGGUAGGUGGCAGCGUUGCAUUCUAGUCGUCAGCAUCCCUAACACCGUGAAGGGUGUGCACCCCGGCUUUUGCUCACAUGAAGUUGUGAGUUUCUGUUUGAUUAGAAUCCAACUCACAGGAAGUGACUGUAGCCAAACCAAAUGGGCCAGGCACUGUGGGAGCUGGCUUUGAGAUGACAGGAUCCAAUAUGAAUGAACCAGGGUUUCUGUGUCAGCAGGCCUGAGCUACUGGCAUUCUGGGUCCAGGACCAGGAGAAAAGAACUUCCUAGGAAACAAAAGCCUGAUGAGGGAUUGUGAAAGGCUGGGUUUGGAUCAGGUAGUCACCCCUGGACCAAUCACUAUGCCCCACUUGGUAUGUGACCACUUGGCACAGGAUGCAGGGUCAGCAUUGGUAACAGCUGGGGCAGGGAUGAGGGAGAGACAGCCAAAAAACAAAACAAGGAAAAAAAAAACCCAGUGGACUCCAGAUCCAAAGUUGCCAUGAGCAACUCUGCCUAGGGAGUGGGAGCUGCUGGCUUUAGAACAUGGAUCCUCAGCCUGGGGAGGGAGGGCCCCUUCCUAUUAACUUAAAAGUCAUCUUAUAAAAAUAGUACCGUGUUCACCUGUAAAAGCCCAUAGAAGCUUAUAGUAAAAGGGAACUCACCAGGCUCCAUGCCAGCAUCCAGGUCCAGAUGCCCUCCAGGACCGUGGGUACAGUGUGGUGGUUGGGGCAGGGACUAGCCAGGCUGCAGGGACUCAAGGCCCGACUCCCUUUCCUCAGCAUGCAUUGUAAGUGAAAUACUGCUCCCUCAUGAGCACAAUCCAGAUGCUGGCUGUCUUUAUUACUAGAAUAAAUGCAUUCUAUAGAAUAUAUCAAAUUUAAAUUUUGUUAAUUUAAAAAAAUUCAGAGUUUGAAGCGGUUGUGUAAUGGUAAUCUUGAACUCCCCACCCAGAAGUUUCAAAUACUGACAUUUUGCACUAUUUCUUUCUGAUCUAUUUUUAAGAGAGAAAACCCAGCAGUUAUGUUCAGUCCCCUCCCCACCUUGUUCUUUUAUUUUUAUCCAAGGACCAGCAUAGCGUUCAUUCUUAGGCUCUUUUCUCUGCAGCCCAGUGCGUUUGGGGACCUCCCCCUGAGUCACUGAACUCUCUCCCCCUAACAGCUGCUCAGCCCUCUCUUGCUCAGAGGCACUGUCACCUCCCGGCAGGCCUGUGGGUUGUCUCUCAUCCUUCGCCGUGACAUACUGCACAGAGGGUCCUUGUACGUAACUUGUCUCGCUGUCUACUCUUGAGACAGAAAGUGGCAGAAGGUGUCAAUACAGAGCUGCUGGUUUCAAUAGCAAGUGUGUUUUCCGUUUUGAAGCUAUUGUAGGUGACCCCUUAAAGAUGGUUAUAGCAAAUAAUUAGGAGGAGCCAGAAGGAGAAAGGAGAGAGGGAGGAAGGUAGAGGAGAUGAAGUUGGAUCCUUUGUGUAGCUGUGACCCAGUUCCCGGGCGCAACUGCUGCUUCUCUGGCCCCUGAGCUCUGAGCACCCAGCAUCCCUGGAGCCUAGAGAAGUAUCUCGGUUUGUUUUUGUUUGUUUGUUUGUUUGAUUGAUUUAAAGCAUCGUGGCCGUGAAGCUUUGAGCACUUUCAUACACAGCACUAGCUGCUUGGUGGGAGGGUGGAUAGCCACUGUGCUCUCACCUCCCUGUCUCGGGAGCACCACACACCCAGCCAUGCCAAUUAGGCAUUUUGGCAAAGGGCAUAGCCAGGACCUGUUUGACCUUCUCCUUUGCCCUGCAUUCACACCUCAGAUUUCUCAGGUUGCUGCUGGGCCUGAGGAUCAAAAGCCAGAGAGGAGAAGAGAGAGAGAGGGGCUACCUGUCAAAAUUCAUUCUAACGAGCAGCCCCUGUGACCCCUGACCUGGGCUAUAGAUGCCACCCAGCAGCCUCAGCUCAGUGUGAAGGUGCAGGCUGCCAGCCACACCACUGGCCCUAGGGGAUUGCACACUCCAGAUUCUCCAAAGCAACCUUGCCCUUUACCCAGGUUCACUCUAGCAACCAAUUUCCUGGUGUUGGCUUUGGUUUCCUACCAUUCCCAGUGCGGCAGCAGAACUGUGUCUGUAGAGACGGUGGAGAUGCAUCAGCUAGCUGCCUUAUUGAUACUAGACGCAGGCACAGGCCACCCUUCCCAUCAUUAAACUCCCCCCACCCCCACCCCAGGUUUCCCCUUCAUUUGGGGCUCUGAUCUGCUCUGAGGCAGCAGAACCUUGAGGCCAACCCCCGUCUUUCCCAAUAUAUUUUCUUUUGGAGGGACCCCAAUGCCCAGUAUUUGGUCCCAGGAAGUGACAGGGUUUAACUUAAACACUGACUUCCAGCUGACCCAGUGGGCCCUUUGCUCUCUCCCAGCCUUCCAAGCAAUCCUGCUACAUGGAGCCCAUCAAUCUGGCAGCUAAGAGUUAACUCAUUGAGGCCCAGGCCCCUCCUGGUAUGACAGGCCAGCCUGUCAGUGGAUGGAAGCUGCAUUCAGAAUCACCUGGAGGAAGUUACAGAGGCCAGUCUCUUGGUCCCAUCUCUGAUGAUGCUGAUUUUGGAGUCUGGGAUGUAGCCUGACCAUUAAGAGCUCAGGAUCCCAGAUAGUAUCCUAUACAGCCAAGGUGAUACUCUAGAGUCUUGCAACAUCCCCUAGAUAACUUCUGAAGGCCUUUUGAGAGAAAUGUUUGGAUCCCAGGACUGAAGAAGCGUGUUAAAUAUAGACUCCCGGGCCCAAUCCCCUGGAUUAGGGGGGAUAGGUGAAUUAGGGUUAAGGUACAAGGACAGUGUUUUUUAAGACGCUCCGACCCCUAGAAGUGGUGUUUCUGGCCCCAGGCCAUCCUGAGAUUUCUGAGAGCCUGUGUUUUGGCACUGCCUCAAGGAGUAUGUGUAUUGAGUGAGAUAGGAGGGAGAUAAGGAGAGACACCCCCUCCUGUGCUGUAAUAGGGACCAAAAACUCCAUAGAACUUAGAAUAAGUGACCAUAACCUAGGCAAAGGACCAGGCUAGAGGGCUUAGUACCUCUAUUUGUAUGGGUAAAGUUUCUCUCCUACCUGUGCUGCCAUUGGCUCUGAAGAGCCCGUCUACACCUUUGCCACAAAGCCACAAACCUUUCAGAGAAUGGGACUUACUGAGAUCUAGUGGCCCUAUUGGAGUGGUCCAUGUGACACUGACAUGGACACAGACUUCACCCUCCACUUAAAGAGAAGAUCUGGCAUUAAUAAGAUAGGCAUACACGUUUUAAAACCCCUCUUCCUGAUUCCCGCACUUGGCCUUGGAGCCCUGGGCCAAGGUUGACUUGGCAGCAUAGAGCUCAGUGUGGCCACCACUUUGUUUACAAGGUACCAGGUCACUGUGAGAGCCAGCUUUGGCAGACCCCUGUCCCUAGGAAGAAAGGUGGAUGGGGAAACCAUUUGGGGCUUAGCUCUCAGAGUGAGAAGCAGGAAGGUCAAAGAUCUUAAAGGUUCCCAGGUUGACAGGGUUAUUCCUCACCUCCACCAGCGUUUUGAUGCCCUGUGUUAACUAGUGUUACUCUGCUCGAUAUUUCUGAAAACAAAAUUCUGGAUGCACUCAUCAAAGCAGACCACAAAAUCUGUUCAUCCUUUUCCAACCAGGCUGUUCUUCCUGGAGCCUUAGCAAGUCCAGCAGAGGGCAGCAAGCAGUGCGUGCCUCCAAACCUGGUCCCAAGUUUCUGUCUUGUCUGCAACCCCCAAGUGGGGUUCUUUGGGAGCCCCGUGUGUCUGUAGGUGGUUAGUGAAUAGGAGAGAGAGCAUGUUGGAGAAAGAGAUAAGGCACCCGCUGCAAGACAACAGGGAAGUUUAUGUCCAAAUGUCAGUCAUAACAUCCUCCCUGGUGGUGUCCUAGGGAUAAAAGUGUGCAAAGCAAUGGCAUUGCUAUCUUUUGAUUUUGUUUUGAAAACGUACUCAAGAUGUAGCUCAGUGCUAGAGCGCUUGCGUAGCUUAUGUUUGGCCUUGGGUUGUUCUCUAGAACAACAACAACAACAACAAAAAGCCAAUAAAAUAACAGAGCAAAAGCAAUAAUUUAGUUUAUUUAAAAAGAAACAAACCAUUACUAUGUUGUCUUUGUUUU